AUGUCGUCCAAUGCCCAGCAGCCUCUUCCCUUUGGCUACCAGUUCAUGGCUGGUGCCGUCGCCGGUGUAUCAGAGAUUCUUGUUAUGUACCCAUUAGAUGUGGUCAAGACACGAGUUCAACUGCAAUCCAACGUGGCCACUACCGCAGCAGAGGAGAGAUACAAUGGCAUGUUCGACUGCUUCCGCAAGAUCAUCAAGAAUGAGGGAUUCUCCCGUCUAUACCGCGGUAUCUCCGCGCCCAUCCUGAUGGAGGCGCCCAAGCGCGCGACCAAGUUCGCCGCCAACGACAGCUGGGGCUCGUUCUACCGGAACCUGUUCGGCGUGGAGAAGCAGACGCAGUCGCUGGCGGUGCUGACGGGCGCGACCGCCGGCGCCACCGAGUCCUUCGUGGUGGUCCCCUUUGAGCUGGUGAAGAUCCGCCUGCAGGACCGCGCGUCGGCCGGCAAGUACAACGGCAUGCUGGACGUGGUGCGCAAGAUCGUCGCCAGCGAAGGCCCGCUGGCGCUGUACAACGGCCUCGAGUCGACGCUGUGGCGCCACAUCCUCUGGAAUGGCGGCUACUUCGGCUGCAUCUUCCAGGUGCGCGCCCAGCUGCCCCCCGUCGAGCCUGGCAACAAGUCCCAGCAGACCCGCAACGACCUCAUCGCCGGUACCAUCGGAGGUAUCGCCGGUACCAUCCUCAACACCCCCAUGGACGUCGUCAAGUCCCGCAUCCAGAACUCCCCCCGCGUCCCCGGCCAGGUGCCCAAGUACAACUGGGCCUGGCCCGCGCUCGGCACCGUCAUGAAGGAGGAGGGCUUCGCCGCUCUCUACAAGGGCUUCAUUCCUAAGGUGCUCCGUCUCGGCCCCGGAGGUGGUAUCCUGCUCGUUGUCUUCACUGGUGUGAUGGAUUUCUUCCGUAAGAUGCGCGACCAGUAG